UCGCACUCAUCGCGGCACACCGGAAAAACGACAACAACCGCAACCGCAACAGCAAAGCAAUAGCAACAACAACAACAAGAAGAGCGAAGACGCUGACAAAUCAGACAGCGUGUUGUUGUCUGUGUCUGUCGGUGGGAAAAGUGAAGGAAAAUUGCCAAUGCGAAAAGCUUGAGUGGCGGUGCGGGGGCAAGAGGCCGACACGCGUGUUUACGUUUUCGUUUCGUUACGUGCGGCUGCCUUUUGAAAGAUGUAAAAAUAAUUUAUAGAAAAAUAUUGUAUAUUUUUUGCUGCACAAAUAUACAUGCAUACAUACAUACACACUCGUAGUCGUACAUACUUAUGUGCCAGCACUUCGAAUCGUUUUUAUAGCGCUGUGUGAAAAACAUUUAUAAAUACGAAGUGAGGAAAGAGUUUUCCAAAAUUGGCCAAAAGACAGCAACACCAACAGCAGCAGCAGCAACAGGCGACUUGCCGCCCGAUUAUACAUUAUUAUAGCCUUCCCAUACAUAUACCUGAAUAUAUAUAUUCGUCAUUAUGCAGUAUUUACUUUUGCUGUCCGCCUGCGUCGCCUUCCUUUCGUCAGCUUACGCCAUCAAAUGCUUUGCCUGCGAAUCUGUCUACGAAUCGAGCUGUGGCGAGAAUUUCGAAAUGGAAAACCAUUUCAAAUAUGAUUGCGCAUUUAUAGCGCCGCCACGUUUCCUCGAGAACGAGCUGUCGAUGCCAAAUGCCACGGCGUGUGUGAAGCGCGUUUUCAAGGAGCACGGCGUACAGAAAUUCGUGCGGGGCUGCUACUUUGGUGACGUCAACGAGACCGACAUUGGCUGUCGUCUGGACCCGUCGCUGGUGGCCGUGCAGGACGCCAGUUGCCACGUCUGCUACAACGAGAACUACUGCAAUGGAGGGGAGUCCCGGACACACGAGGGCAUAGAGUGGAAGAUGUUGUCACUGUUUGUGUUUAUUUUGGCCUCUCGCGUACUCAAGCUUGGCUAAUUACUCGCAGGUGAUACCAUUAGGGAUGCCAACGCCCCAAUCUAGGCCGCGAAAAGACAAUCAACAGGGCGUAUGAGCAACAAAAUAUUAACUAGUUAUAUAGUUGGAAAUAUGUAGUAGUUGGAGAAUAAGAACACACACACACACAAACACACUAAACACACAAACAUACAACACAUGAGCGCAAUACAAAUAAACUAAUAAAAAAUAAUUUUAGAAGCUAA